UAGUGUCUGAGGAAAGGACCUGGUUUCACACAGAAGCCAUGCCAUCAAAGCCCUGUAACGUCCUUUUGUCACAUUAGCAACUCUCAUGUGAGAAAGAGAACAACGAGCAACCAAAUGCAAUCUAAUUCAGUUCUCUGCCACUACACUACUGCUCUAAAUCCUUUCAUCUAUUCAGUGCUGCCCAUGUUCCCUGUCCAUCUCUUCUUUAACAGGGUUAUAUCACCCUGCAGGAGUUUAUGUGAGUCUGUACAGGACAGCUGUGCACCAAUCAUGAGUUGCUAUGGCUACCCCUGGCCAGACAUUCUGCACUGUGACCAGUAUCCUGUAGACCAUCUCAUGUGUAUCUCCUCCAUUACAAACACCACUGCUCACACCGGGGGGAGUAGAGUGCCCCAGGCAAGCUGUCGGGAUUGUGAGCUAGAAGAGGCAUCCUCUUCAAAAGAGACAUUGGAGACCUUCUGUAGAAAUGAUUUCGUUGUGAAACUGCGUCUAACACGGCUCGAGUAUAGUCCAGUGAGUCUGUCUCGGUUCUCGCUGACUGUCAAACUGGAUGUUCUCAAGCAUGGACCCCUGCUGGGUGGGCAGAUCCGCUCCCGCAUCGAGCUGUGGUUAGAGAGGGAUGCCACAUGUGUAAAGAACAUGACACGGCACCACCCAGAAGGCGGCACCUUCCUGGUGACAGGCAAAGUGCAGGGGGAGCAUUUGGUGAUCAAUAAGGCUUAUGCCUGGCAAAAGCGAGACAAGAACCUGAUGGCAGCAGCACGCAAAUGGAAACAUCACAGAUGCAGAAGCUAGGAUUAUGGGUUCUGAGAGAAAAUCAAAAGAACUAAAUUAUUGCUGGGAGCUAGGGAUUGCAUUUAAAAUAAUUAAGUCUACAACUGUAAAAUCAAAAUUUCAAAUCAUGUUCAAGCAUUUGUGGUUACAGAAAAGAUUAUAUGCAGGAAGCGGGUGACAUAGGAGCUCAGAGUAUCAACA